AUGGACGACACAUUGUCUGACAUCCAGACGUGGGGUCAAUUCGCCCGAACACGACCUCAAAGGUUGGUGUAUUCGGUAAACCAUGAGAUGAAUGAAAAGGUGUCGAUAUUUGUCGGCGACAUCACAAUCAUAGAAGUGGACGCCAUUGUAAACGCCGCCGACCAGGAACUCUCUGGGGGUGGAGGGGUGGACGCCGUUAUACACAACGCCGCCGGUAAACACAUGUUACGGUUGAAGUGUAUGACCCUUAACGGCUGUCCCACCGGCACCAGCAAAAUCACUGGCGGCUAUAGACUGCCGGCAAAGUACAUAAUUAAUACGGUGGGACCGAAUGGUGAACAACCGGAUCAGUUAGGCAACGCAUACCGGAGCGCUUUGGACCUAAUGGGUGAGAGACAGUUAAAGUCCAUAGCGUUUCCCUGUAUAUCGACCGGUGUUUACGGCUAUGCCAAAGAGGAGGCGGCAAACGUGGCGCUCAAGACUGUCCGCCAGUGGUUGGAGUCGAGUCCGCACUCAAUACAUAUCGAAUGAGUUGUGUUUUGUUUGUUUGGGGAAAAGAAUAGAGAUAUAUAACCGAUUAAUGCCAGUAUAUUUCCCGUACGAUUCAA